UCUAGAAGCAGCUUCAGGGGGUUCUGAGGAGGAACUCGCAUAAACAUCAUGAACCUUUUCAUAACUCUGACGUCUUUCUGUCUGUUUUCCAGCCCGGCUGCUUGCAGACUACAUUUCCCAUGGGGCCGUGCUCCGUCCUGCUCUCUGCUGUUCCAUGGAGCCUCCAGUCAGGCGUUUGGACCUUCAGAACCAGUGAGACCCAGGAGAACCUGAUGUGCUGAUUGCUUCUGGACCUCCUCGUUUCUUCUCGGACCUUCUCUGCUGCUUCAUCAGAACCGCUGCUGGUUCUGCUGUGGACCCACGACUCUCUGAAGCUGCUGUGCUGUUCUGGACCCGGUUCUGGCUGCAGGAUGGCGGUUCUGUCCAGUUUGGCCGUGAUGGUUGCUGCUGUCCUGCUGGUUCUAAGAACCCACGCUGCAGGUCAGAACCCGGACCACGUUCUGCAGGGUACCGGUGUGAAUCCUGAGGCCCGGCGUCCCGGAGAGGACUCCACCAUCGCCCCCGAGGAUCUGCCUCGGUUCCUCAGCUGCUUCUGCUCUGGACACUGUCCUGACGACGCCACCAACAACACCUGCCAGACCAACGGUCAGUGCUUCGCCAUCAUCGAGGAAGACGAGCACGGAGAAGUUCAGCUCACCUCCGGCUGCAUGAAGUACGAAGGCUCCCACUUCCAGUGCAAGGACUCUCCCAACGCUCAGACCAGGAGGACCAUCGAGUGCUGCAACACAAACUUCUGUAACGAGGACCUGAGGCCCACGCUGCCGCCUGAGCUUCCCAUGGAGAGCAGCUCUCAUUGGUUGGCCUUCAUCAUCUCUAUGACGGUGUGCUGCUGCACCCUGAUCUGCCUCACCAUCGUCUUCUACUACAGGUACAAGUGGCAGACGGAGCGGGAUCGUUUUCCCAAAGACUUGGAGCAGGAGGUCUUCAUCCGAGGAGGAGAGUCCCUCAAAGAUCUCAUCCACCAGUCCCAGAGCUCCGGCAGUGGCUCAGGGCUCCCCCUGCUGGUCCAGCGAACCAUCGCCAAGCAGAUCCAGAUGGUUCGUCAGAUCGGGAAGGGCCGCUACGGCGAGGUGUGGCUCGGCCGCUGGAGAGGAGAGAAGGUGGCCGUCAAAGUGUUCUUCACCCGCGAGGAGGCCAGCUGGUUCAGGGAGACCGAGAUCUACCAGACGGUCCUGAUGAGACACGAGAACAUCCUCGGUUUCAUCGCAGCAGACAUCAAGGGUUCUGGUGCCUUCACGCAGCUCUUCCUCAUCACAGACUACCAUGAGAACGGUUCUCUGUAUGACUACCUGAAGGUGAACACGCUGGAUCCUCCGGCGCUGCUCAGACUGGCCUACUCCGCCGCCUGCGGCCUCUGCCAUCUGCACACGGAGAUCUACGGCACGCAGGGCAAGCCCGCCAUCGCCCACCGAGACCUGAAGAGCAAGAACAUCCUGGUGAAGAAGAACGGCACCUGCUGCAUCGCCGACCUGGGCCUUGCUGUCAAGUUUAACAGCGACACCAGCGAGGUGGACAUCCCUCUGAGUACCCGGGUCGGGACGAGCCGCUACAUGGCCCCGGAGGUCCUGGACGAGAGCCUCAACAAGAACCACUUCCAGGCCUACAUCAUGGCCGACAUGUACAGCUACGGCCUGGUGGUCUGGGAGAUGACCAGACGCUGCGUCACCGGAGGUAUGGUGGAGGACUACCAGCUGCCAUAUUUCAACAUGGUGACCUCAGAUCCCUCCUAUGAAGACAUGCUGGAGGUGGUUUGUGUUAAAGGACUUCGACCCACGGUGUCCAACCGCUGGAACAGUGACGAGUGCCUUCGAGCCAUGCUGAAGCUGAUGUCAGAGUGCUGGGCCCACAACCCCGCCUCCCGCCUCACCAUCCUCAGAGUGAAGAAGACGCUGGCCAAGAUGGUGGAGUCCCAGGACAUGAAGAUCUGAAGAACCUCCUCCUCAACCUCCUCCUUCCUCUGCUGCAUCCAGAUUAACCC